CGAUAGCGGAUCCACUGUUACAAUUAUCCAACUAUGAACGCCGAUAAUCGAAGAAGAGGAGACCGCAGAGAUACAAGGAUUUCCAAGAAGCAGAAGCUCAUUCUCUCAGCCGAAGAAAAGCUCGAGACCAAGCUCGGUUUUGAUCUCUUCACCGAAGGUGAAAAACGCCUCGGCUGGCUACUCACAUUUGCUUCUUCAUCGUGGGAGGACCAAGAUACACAGAAAGUCUACAGCUGUGUCGAUCUUUAUUUUGUUUGCCAGGAUGGUUCGACGUUUAAAGCUAAGUACAAGUUCCGGCCUUAUUUUUAUGCCACUACAAAGGAUAAGAUGGAAAUGGAUGUUGAUGCAUAUUUAAGAAGACGAUACGAAGGGCAAAUUGCUGAUAUUCAAAUAGUGGAGAAAGAGGACCUUGAUCUUAAAAACCAUCUUUCUGGAUUACGGAAAACUUACUUAAAGAUAUCAUUUGACACGGUACAACAACUGAUGCAAGUAAAGAGUGACCUGAUGCAUGUGGUUGAAAGAAAUCAAGAAAAGUUCAAUGCUGCAGAGGCAUAUGAGUCCAUAUUGGCAGGCAAAAGCAAAGAGCGAAUUCAAGAUUUUAUAGAGUGCAUUGCUGAUCUACGGGAGUAUGAUGUGCCUUACCAUGUCCGUUUUGCCAUUGAUAAUGAUAUAAGAUCUGGGCUGUGGUAUGAUGUUAACGUGUCAAGUGAUGGAGUUACAUUAGAAAGGAGGCAUGAUCUUUUGCAACGUGCCGAAGUUCAUGUUUGUGCAUUUGAUAUAGAGACCACAAAGCUUCCUUUAAAAUUUCCAGAUGCCGAGUAUGAUUUAGUUAUGAUGAUCUCAUACAUGGUUGAUGGACGCGGAUACCUGAUUAUCAAUAGAGAGUGUGUUGGUGAAGAUAUAGAGGAUUUGGAAUAUACUCCAAAACCUGAAUUUGAAGGAUACUUUAAAGUGACAAAUGUGAAGAAUGAGGAAGAACUUCUUAAAUUGUGGUUUUCUCAUAUGAGAGAGGUGAAGCCUGGUAUUUAUGUCACAUACAAUGGAGACUUUUUUGAUUGGCCAUUCUUGGAAACCAGGGCAGCUCAUCAUGGCUUGGGAAUGAAUGAUGAGCUAGGAUUUCAGUGUGACAAAAUUCAAGGUGAAUGUCGUGCUAAGUUUGCAUGCCAUCUGGAUUGUUUUGCAUGGGUCAAACGUGAUAGUUAUCUACCUCAAGGGAGCCAUGGUUUGAAGGCUGUCACUAAAGCUAAAUUGGGCUAUGAUCCAUUAGAGGUAAAUCCCGAGGAUAUGGUUCGUUUCGCAAUGGAAAGACCCCAGAUGAUGGCCUCCUAUUCAGUAUCUGAUGCCGUGUCAACAUACUACUUGUACAUGACUUACGUUCAUCCCUUCAUUUUCUCCCUUGCAACUAUAAUACCGAUGCCUCCUGAUGAAGUAUUGCGGAAAGGAAGUGGGACCCUCUGUGAAAUGCUUCUCAUGGUUCAGGCGUACACAGCAAAUGUUAUAUGUCCUAAUAAGCACCAAUCUGAAACAGAAAAGUUUCAUAAAGGUCACCUUCUUGAGAGUGAGACAUACAUCGGUGGCCAUGUGGAGUGUCUAGAAACUGGUGUUUUCAGAUCUGACCUUCCAACUAGUUUCAAACUUGAUCCAUCUGCAUACAAGCAACUUAUCGAAAAUCUGGAUCGUGAUCUACAAUAUGCUAUUAGAGUAGAGGGUAAGAUGGAUGUUGAAUCAGUUUCAAACUAUGAUGAAGUGAAGGAUGCUAUUAUGGAAAAGCUUAUAGGUUUACGAGAUGAACCUACACGAGAAGAAACCCCCCUUAUUUAUCAUUUGGAUGUUGCUGCAAUGUAUCCGAACAUUAUAUUGACUAACAGACUUCAGCCACCAUCAAUAGUUUCAGAUGAGGUUUGCACUGCAUGUGAUUUCAACCGUCCAGGGAAAUCGUGUCUUAGGAAACUUGACUGGGUUUGGCGUGGGGAGACAUACACAGCAAAGAGAAGUGAUUACUAUCAUAUAAAGAGGCAAAUUGAAUCUGAAAUGGUUGAUGGCCCCUCAUCAAAAUCGUUCCUUGAUCUGCCUAAAGUGGACCAACAAUUGAAGCUGAAAGACCGUCUAAAGAAAUACUGCCAAAAGGCAUAUAAGCGAGUUCUUGACAAGCCAGUUACUGAAAUUCGAGAAGCAGAGAUAUGCAUGCGUGAAAACCCAUUUUAUGUUGAUACUGUCCGUAGUUUCCGUGAUAGAAGAUAUGAAUACAAAGGACUCAAUAAAGUAUGGAAGGGGAAGUUGUCAGAAGCAAAGGCUAGUGGAAAUCCUAUUAAGAUCCAGGAAGCACAAGAUAUGGUGGUUCUUUAUGAUUCACUACAGCUGGCUCAUAAAUGUAUUCUGAAUUCCUUUUAUGGAUAUGUCAUGCGCAAAGGUGCAAGAUGGUAUUCUAUGGAAAUGGCUGGAGUUGUUACAUAUACUGGAGCAAAAAUAAUUCAGAAUGCCCGUUUACUUGUUGAAAAGAUUGGAAGACCCCUUGAAUUAGAUACAGAUGGUAUAUGGUGUGCUUUGCCGGGAUCAUUCCCUGAGAACUUUACCUUUAAAACAAGAGACUCAAAGAAGAAGCUGACAAUCUCAUAUCCAUGCGUUAUGCUCAAUGUUGAUGUGGCAAGAAACAACACAAAUGACCAAUACCAGACUCUCAAAGAUCCUAUCAACAGAACAUAUACGACACACAGUGAAUGCUCAAUUGAAUUUGAAGUGGAUGGGCCAUAUAAGGCAAUGAUUCUUCCUGCUUCUAAAGAAGAAGGAAUAUUAAUAAAGAAGCGGUAUGCUGUUUUUAACGACGAUGGAACGCUUGCUGAACUGAAAGGUUUUGAGAUAAAGAGGAGGGGUGAACUAAAGCUCAUUAAAGUUUUCCAAGCUGAGCUCUUUGACAAAUUCCUUCAUGGGUCUACCUUAGAGGAAUGCUACUCUGUAGUUGCUUCUGUUGCAAACCGUUGGCUUGAUCUUCUUGACAACCAAGGUAAGGAUAUUGCAGACAGUGAAUUGCUUGAUUACAUAUCAGAGUCGAGCACUAUGAGCAAGUCUUUAGCAGAGUAUGGUCAGCAAAAAUCCUGUGCAGUAACCACAGCAAGACGCCUUGCUGAUUUUCUUGGUGAUACGAUGGUUAAAGACAAAGGACUGCGUUGCCAGUAUGUUGUUGCGUGUGAACCAAGGGGAAACCCGGUGAGCGAACGUGCUGUUCCUGUUGCAAUAUUUGAAACCGAUGCAGAAAUUAUGAAGUUCUAUGUGAAAAAGUGGUGCAAAAUCUCCUCAGAUAUUGGCAUUCGAUCCAUUAUUGAUUGGUCAUAUUACAAACAACGGCUUAGCUCUGCUAUUCAAAAGAUCAUUACAAUUCCUGCUGCAAUGCAGAAGGUCUCAAAUCCUGUUCCAAGGGUAGUUCAUCCUGAUUGGUUGCAUAAAAAGGUUCGUGAGAAGGAUGACAAAAUGCGUCAAAGGAAAUUAGUUGAUAUUUUCAGUUCGGUGAACAAGGGUAAUGAAGAGGAACUUAGAAAUGAUGCAAAUGGCAAAAAUCAUGUACAUGAACAGAACGUUGAAGAUAUGGAGGACUUCAGGAGCAAUUGUAAAUCUCUCAGUGUUGGACCUACACCUAUUGUUCGUUCUUAUGAAACUAAUCAUAAGGAAAAAGCUGAUCAUGUUAAAAUUGGGAAUCCGCUAUUGGCAUCGGUACAACCAAUCGAUAUCCCUAUGGAGAAUAUUGACAGACAUGUGGAUUACCAAGGAUGGCUAGAUUCAAGAAAGAGAAAGUGGAAGCAGGUUCGUGAAAAAAGGAAGCGACAAAGGUUGGACAAUUUGGACAUAAAUCACAGGAAUGGAGUUGCCGGUAUCCCUAGUAGUGUGGCAAGUAAGAGACAAGCUCAGGGAAGAACUGGGGUCAAUUCAUACUUUGAAAGGCAUGAACUAGCCCUUACACGCAACCACUGGCAGAUAAUUCAACUUGUUCCAAGUUUGCAACAUGGCCAAUUUUUCGCUUGGGUUGUUGUGGAAGGAAUCAUGCGGAAGAUACCUAUCAAUGUUCCCAGAGUAUUUUAUCUUAAUUCUAAAGCUCCCGUAACAGAAGAAUUUCCUGGAAGACGCGUCAACAAGAUUCUUCCUCAUGGGCACCAAUGCUAUAACCUGAUUGAGGUCAUAAUUGAUGAAGAUCAAUUUAGGGCAGAAAGCAGGAAACUUGCUGCUCAUCUUGCAGAUCCUGAGGUGGAGGGGAUAUAUGAAACGAAAGUAGCUCUGGAUUUUAAUUCCAUCCUCCAGGUUGGAUGUGUUUGUAAGGUGGAUAAAUCAGCUAAGAAACGAAAUGCAAACGAGGGUUGGAGCCUGAGUGAAUUGCAUAUGAAAACCACUACAGAAUGCUCUUACCUAGACUCAUCAAUUCCUUUCUUCUACUUGUAUCAUAGCUUAUCUGAAGUUAGGGGCAUCUAUCUUGGGUAUUUUCCUUCAUCUUCAAGCAUCCAUGCAGUAAUGGUCAACCCCUUCCAGAAUAAAGAGUUAUCACCAUAUAUUUUAGAGAAACAGUUUCGUGAAGCUUGCCAAGUUUUAUCAAUUGAAUCUUCCAUGCCAAGAGAUGCUUCUAAUUUUAAGGUGGACUAUGUUGGAAGCCCCAAAGAUGCUGAAAAGAUCUUCCAAAGAACAAUAAGUGAAUUCAGAAAUCAGCUUCAUGGACCUGCAAUUGCUGUAAUUGAAUGCCCAGAUGUUCAUUUAAUGACGUCUGGUAUACGAGCCCUAGAUGAUUUCCCAUGCGUGAACAUUCCUUCAAAUGCCCGUGAUAGUCAGUAUCAGGCUCUUGGCUGGCAGAUUGUAGCUGCAAAAAUCGGGAUGCAACGUUGUGCUGCAUCAUCUCGGUGGUUGAAUGAAAGAAUCUCUCUUUCUAGAUAUUCUCAUGUUCCAUUAGGAAAUUUCGAAGUAGAUUGGCUUGUACACACUGCAGAUAUCUUCUUUGCAAGAGCGUUACGUGAUCAGCAACAGAUACUUUGGGUAUCAGAUAAUGGAAUUCCAGACCUUGGAGGGGAUAAUGAAGAAGAGACUUGUUACUCCGACGAGGUCAAUCAACCUGUUCUUACUUAUCCUGGUGCUUACAGGAAAGUCACAGUUGAACUAAAGAUACAUCACCUUGCUGUCAAUGCUCUGUUAAAGAGCAACCAAGUAAAUGAAAUGGAGGGAGGUACCCUAUUUGGCUUUGAUCAUGAUCUGAACUCUGGAUCACAUCUUCCCAACGAACAGUUGGGCUUGGACGAGGCCACGUCUUGUUCACCAGCAUUUCGUGUCCUUAAGCAAUUGAUUCAAAGAUGCCUUGCUGAUGCAGUCACAUCGGGAAAUAUAUUCGCUGAUGCAAUGUUACAACAUUUGUACAGAUGGCUCUGCAGUCCGCGGUCAAAACUUCAUGAUCCAGCUCUUCAUCGAAUGCUUCACAAGGUCAUGCAAAAGGUGUUUGCACUACUGCUAGCUGAAUUUCGAAAAUUGGGUGCCACAAUCAUAUUCGCCAAUUUUUCAAAGGUUAUAUUGGACACUGGAAAAUCAGAUUUAUCUGCAGCCCAAGCUUACUGUGAUAGUUUACUGAAAACUGUACAAACAAGAGACUUGUUUGAGUGGAUUGAGCUUGAACCGCUGCAAUUCUGGCACUCACUGCUAUUUAUGGAUCAGUACAACUAUGGUGGAAUUCAGGCUAAAUCAGAUCAAACAGAUGAGAGCACACAUGAUGAUCCCCAAGUGGAUAUUGUUUCCAGCUGGAAUAUUGCAGAAAACCUGCCCAAGGAGACUCAGGAUCAUUUUAUUUUGAUAGUCUCUGAGUUCAUGUACCUCCCUUGGAAAUUUGCACAAGAUGAAGCCAGCAAAAGAGCAACUAUAAGGGAUGAUGACUUGUGCACUCCAUCGAUCACAGCUGCUGCUGCUGAAAUAUUUGAGUCAUGCAUGACUGAUCAUCUUAGGGAACAGAUUAGAUCUCACUUCACAGACAAGCUAUUGAGAAUAGUUUGUGAUACUGUUCUUCACAUGAGAGGGACGGGGAAGUCUCAGGCAGCUCAGGAUAAUUCAUCUGGGAAUUCAACUAUCGAGAACGCAUAUAAAGGAGAUCCUGCACUAGAAUUUAUUAAGCAUGUCUGUGCUGUCCUAGUUCUUGACCAGAAUGUGCAGCAUGAUAUUCUGAUCAUGAGGAAGAAUCUGUUAAAAUAUGUGCGUGUACGGGAGUUUGCUCCAGAGGCCGAGUUUCAAAACUGUUCAUUUUCUUUCACUUUACCAAAUGUGAUUUGCAGCUACUGCAACGACUGUAGGGAUCUGGACUUGUGUCGUGACAGAGCCUUGCUAACUCAGGAGUGGAGAUGUGGUGUUCCACAAUGUGGGCAGCCCUACAACCGAGAGGUGAUGGAGAAUGGUCUCCUCCAAAUAGUGCGACAAAGAGAACGGCUUUAUCAUCUUCAGGACUUGGUGUGCGUAAAGUGCAAGCAGGUUAAAGCUGCACACGUGGCGGAGCAUUGUGCAUGUGCUGGCAAUUUUACCCUCAAGGAAGAAGUGUCUGUAUUUAGGAACAAAAUGGAAGUGUUCUUGAACAUAGCCAUAAAUCAAAAGUUUGAACUUCUCAAAGAAUGUGUCUCCUGGAUUCUUGAACUAAGAUAAAAAGUUAGUCUGUUGAGGUGAUUCUUUUUUAGAUAACAGAUAAAUAGACAGUUUGGAUUUUGUAUUUAAUUUUUGUAUAUAUGUAUCAUAGUU